GUGUAGCACCAAGUAUUUUUGUGCCGUGGGAUGGAGUUUCAUUCUGUUGACUGUUGUUAGCGAAGUCAAAGACUAAACGCCGAAAUAGUAGUCCUAUUCGUCGUACUAACAACCUCAUCGGGGGAGUGAACCCGUUCAACAUGGCAGACGACAUUAUCAUACGCGUGCAGUCUCCAGAGGGGAUGAAAAAGAUCUCCGCCACCAAGAGAGAGACUGCCGCAGCCUUCCUCAAGAAGGUUGCCAAAGAGUUUGGCUUUAACUCCAACGGCUUCUCCAUCUACCUGAACCGCAACAAGACUGGGGAGAUCCUGUCCCAGAACAAAGCCCUCAGUCUCCUCAAGAUCAAGCAUGGAGACAUGCUGUUCCUGUACCCCUCGUCGUCUCCCGGCACGUCCGGCGAGGUGAUGGACACCGCCACGCCGCACUCCUCCUCCUCUCUGCCCUCCACCUCCUCCUCCUCUUCAUCCUCCUCCUCCGCUGGCGCCUCCUCCUCCUCCUUUUCCUCCUCCUCUUCAUCCUCCAUGCUCCGCUCCCACUCGUCCGCACAUAUCAAGGAGGACGAAAUUGACCAGUUCCUGGCCAAGCAGGAGGGCAAGAUCUACCGCAACAAAGACCCACAGCUAUGUCGACAUGGCUCAAUGGGCAAAUGUGUGCACUGCGUACCGCUAGAGCCUUUUGACGAGGACUACCUGAACCAUCUGGACCCGCCAGUCAAGCACAUGUCAUUCCACGCCUACAUCCGCAAGCUCACAGGCGGCGCUGACAAGGGCAAGUUUGUGGCGCUGGAGAACAUCAGCUGUAAGAUCAAGUCAGGCUGCGAGGGCCACCCGCCCUGGCCCGACGGUAUCUGCACCAAAUGCCAGCCCAGUGCCCUCACACUCAACAGACAGAAAUACAGACACGUGGACAAUAUCAUGUUUGAGAACCACACCACGGCGGACCGCUUCCUGGACUACUGGAGAAAGACGGGCAGUCAGCGCAUGGGCUACCUUUACGGCAGGUACACCGAGCACAAGGAUAUCCCCCUCGGCAUCCGAGCAGAGGUGGCCGCCAUCUACGAACCCCCACAGAUGGGCACCCAGAACAGCCUGGAGCUGCUGGAGGACCCCAAAGCUGCAGCCGUGGAGGAGAUCGCCGCCAAGCUCGGCCUGCGCAAGGUGGGCUGGAUCUUUACAGACCUGCUGUCAGAGGACACCAGAAAAGGCACCGUCCGCUACUCCAGGAACAAAGACUCGUAUUUCCUGAGUGCAGAGGAGUGCAUCACGGCAGGCCACUUCCAGAACCAGGAAGCCAACGCCUGCCGCCUCUCCCCCGACGGACACUUUGGAUCCAAGUUCGUCUCCGUAGUAGCCACAGGUGGUCCGGAUAACCAGGUGCACUUUGAGGGCUACCAGGUGUCUAACCAGUGCAUGGCCCUGGUGCGGGAUGACUGCCUGCUGCCCUGCAAAGACGUGCCUGAGCUCGGCUACGCCAAAGAGUCCAGCUCCGAGCAGUACGUGCCUGACGUUUUCUACAAGGACAAAGACAAGUUUGGCAACGACAUCACUUACUUAGCCCGGCCCCUCCCUGUGGAGUACCUCAUCAUCGAUAUCACCACGACCUUCCCCAAGGACCCGCAGUACACCUUCUCAUCCUCGCAGCGCUUCCCCAUCGAGAACCGCGAGGCCUUAGGAGAGACACAGGAUUUCCACAGCCUGGCGACGUAUCUCUCCCAGUGCUCCUCUUCAACCUCCUUCCUCGACAUCGUCUCCGAUUUCCACCUUCUCCUCUUCCUCGUCACCAAUGAGGUCAUGCCACUAGGGGACAGUAUCGGUCUGCUGUUGGAUGCGGUGAAGACGUCAAAUGAGGAGCUGGCCCAGACCUGGAAGAAGUCCGAGCAGUGGGCCACCAUCGAACAGCUGUGUAGCACAGUGGGCAUGCAGCAGACGAGCUCUCUAGACGACUACGGGGCGCUGGGCGGCCCGUCUGGCUCGACACCCUCCGCCUCCUCCUCCGCCAUGUGGUCGUGUCAGCACUGCACCUUCAUGAACCAGCCGGGCACAGAGCUGUGCGAGAUGUGCAGCCUGCCGCGCAGUUAGGCCUCCCCACCACCGGGAGCGCCGCUCAGCACAGCACAGCCUGCAGAGCAGAGCAGAUCAGAGCGCCCCAUCCUCGCCCACCUACGCCCCCACACACAAACGCACAGCAACACCAACACCAUCCUCCCAAAGCCACCGUUGGGCUAUCUUGGUUUGGGCUUUGUCCUGCCUCCUCCUCUCGCCGCACCAUCCCCUUCCCUCCCUUCUCUUUCUUCAUUACUACAUGUCUCUCUUUCACUCUCACUCUUCCUCUUCCCCUCUGUCUCUCUCUUUCUCUCUCACUCUGGCUCUCAUCAAUGUUUCCCCUUCCUCCCCCUUGCAAUCCCCACUUCAUCCUUCUGUUGCCCUAAGGUGGGAGGUGCGUGGUCACCGCAGCAAAUGACCAAUCAAAAGCCGCCGUGUGGGCACAGGGCGGGGCGGGGUAUCAUGCGGCGGCACGCGGUGUGGUGUUCGACCACUUCAAGGACAGACAAAAGAAAUAGAAAAUAAAAAAGAUAAAAGAAACAAAAACAGACAGUUGUGUACUUGUAGCUCUUGCAGUUUGGCAUGGAUGGUCUUAGGUAAAGCACCCUGAUGAAGCUCCCUUGCCUCACUCCCCCAGCCCUGCAUCCCUGCUUCUCUCCCCUCUUCUUCCUCUCCCUCGCCUCCUUCUCCUCCUCCUGCUCCUCCUCCUCUUCCUCCUCCUCUUCCUCCUCCUUUUUGUCUUCCUUCUUCCUCCUCUCUUCUGAUCGUCAGGACAUCAACAAGACCCAACACAGUCAGUCUGGACUAACUCAUGUUGCAUAAAUGGGUCCAAUCUCUGGCCUAACUCUCUAACAAUCAGUCCAGUGUCCUGUACGAACUCUUUGCUCGAUCGCUCAACCGGUCCAGUGGGUCUAGCCCUCUCCAUCCCUCGGCCUUCAAACUGAUUUGUGUACAUAUACGAGUUGAGGAAUGACACUGUUAAUUUAAUUUGAUAUGGCGCUUUCUUUUUCCUGUCAGUUGUUUUUUUUUCCUUUCUUUCUUUUUUUCGCUCCUGUAUUGUGUAAUUACAGACAUGCAGGGUAUUGAAACCAGUGCUAUAUAUUUUUUGGUUGUGAAAUUGCAGUGGGACUUUGGACUUUGAAAGAGAGCUGUUGAGCUUGUAUCCUGCCCCCAUCCUCCUAAAAACAUGCCCACAUAACACAAUCACUGAGCACAGAAAUGAUAUGCAUCCGUUUAACACUGACACUUUGACCACAUCAGAUUGCAUACAACUGAGUUUUACCUGGUUACACACACACACACACACAAACACAAACAAUUCAAUUUUCCGUUGGCAACAUUGCAAAUGUGGCGAAGCUGGUUAGCAACAAUCGAGAAAAGGGGUCCUGGUAGUGGACUCUGGUGUUUGUGAAAUCAGUCGAGAGAUCAGUAAACUCCUGGUUUUAUUUUGUGUGCUUGUUAGCAUUUUAAAAUCUUGGUUAUUUAGAACAUAUGUGUAUUGAGGGAUUUUGUAGGGCAGUCUAGCAGCGAGGGCAGGGAUAUGGAGUUUGGAGAUUUGAUGAUUGGUGAUUCUUCAGAGGUCGGGGCAAGGCUUUCUUUGGUGAUGUUAUUCUGAUUUGGAAGUUGCCCGUUGCAGUUGCGCUUGGUAGCCAAACUGCACAGAAAAGACGCACACGACUUGAUUGUGAUUCGAAGUUGUCCGUCGUGCUUGCAACAAAUUAUUUUAUUUUCUUCACUCCCGGCCUUGUUCCCCUGGCUGUCUUUUUCCCUGUCUUUGUACUCGUCUAGGGGUGAGGGGAGAUCUGAAGAAGGGGAGAUCUGUGAGAAUGUGCUUCCAUUCAUCACUUGCCCAGCGGUUCUAACCAUUUAGGGGCCCUAGGCAAAGUCAAGACAUGGGGCCCUUUUGAAUUACUUCUGCCGGGACAGCUGGAGGUGCGAAGGAUGUCUAAGCAUAGAGGUGUUGUUCCUGGAUUCAGAAAGUGAAAAUCCUGCCACAACUUUGAUCCAACCAGCUCUGAAUCAGCCGUUUGUAGUGAGUACAAGACCGGUUAGACCAGUUACUAAGGGAAGUCGCUUGUGUUGGAAGGAAUGUUUGGAAGGGCUUCUACUUCUGAACUUUUGACACCUAAAAUUAGGGAGAAAGGGUGUUGAGAUAUUGAUUUGUGUUUCUUUUGACUUUGUUUUUUUUUCAUUUACUGUUGCAUUACAAGGACAGAGACCACCCGCCAUUUUUCCAAAUGAGAAAAAGUCAGUCAUUCCAGCACUAUUGGUUGUAUGAAGUCAGCCGCAUUUUAAGCACUAUUGGACAUAAUAUACGUAUGUCCGUGAAUUUGUAAACAUAGCCAGUUCAGGUCAUUUAAAAAGGGGAGAUAGAGCCUUCUUAGAUAACACUGAUUGAUACUUUUAAUUUUACAAAGCUACAGCUCAGCGUAUGGUGUAACCAUGAUGACUGUAAUGGACAUGCAUAUUCCAGAGUGGUGUGGUUGAUAUGGGAUUUAAGUUAUGCUGUAUUUAUGAUUUAUGAAUUCUGCAUUUAACUUCUGGUGCAACAACAAAAGUUAUUAAAUGGGUUUCCUUUUUUCCUCCCCUUCCUUGACAUGACAUUGGGAAAAGUUUAAAGCAUCUUCUCUUCAACCAUGUCUUCCCUUGCUCCCCAAUUCCACCUCCCACCUAUUGGCAAAGACGCUGAAAGCCCUCCCCAUCCCCCCUCCCCCAUCCCUGCGCCUGUUGAAAUGCAAGCUGACAGCACAGCACUGCUUACUGAUCCAGAGCUGAAGGAGGAUACCCUCCAAAUUGUACGCUGUAAGGUUGAGUUGGCAUUUUCAAAAAUACAAAUAAACAAUAAAAUGGAUACCUUUGAA